AUGGAUGUAUACAAGCUCCACGAACCGACUGCUGGAAGCAAACGGCACGAACUGACAAACCUUCGACAUCUUACUGAAGUCACAAUCAUCCCCGGCUUUGCAGAUGAACUUUUUGUUUGGAAUGGAACCCACGUCGUCGGUGUGGGCAAAGGACGAAAGCAUUUUUGCGCUUGGAGCUUGGAAAAUGGAGUUCUUGACUGGAAAAUGGUCCCAAAAGUUGAGCAAAUUGACCCGUUCGGUAUUCAUUUUAGUGUGACAAAGCCUGUGGGCCAAGAUGAACGUUAUCCAGGAACGGCUGAAGGUGAUGAUGCAAGCCAGCAGUUAACAACCUCAGCAACAGGAAAGCAAUUUUCCCCAGAGUCUUUGGCUGUGGGGCAAUUCAUUGUUAGUGGGGAUGGAUCCGUAAUCGUUGCUAGCUUCGAUCCUUUGUUGUGUUGUGUGUUUCUGCCGCACUGCGCACGUCAUGCAGGCACUCUUAACGAGAGGUAUGCUCGAAGCGGGAAGUCCUCAUACUAUCCAGCAUCUACUGGGAACUCGAUAAGUCUAGCCACCUCUGCCUUGUCUGACAACGGCGAUUGGCUUGCGUACUCAGAGUUCAGUUCGGACGAAGGAUCGGCUUGUGUCACUGUUUGGAACUUAUAUCCGCUGAAAGAGGCAGCUGGCAAAUCAUCAGCGGGGAAAUCAAAAGUACCUUGGUACCGAAAACGGUUGACAAAUCAGUCCGACGUCGUGGCCAUUGGAGUCGGCAGCACGCGUUGUACGGUAGCGUUUGCCCAAAUGAACGACGGAGUUAGCGUCUGGUUUGUGGAUGAAACCCCCACAAUCUGUCGACGCCUGACUCAAAGUGAGAAGCUAGUACUCUCAAACAUGACACAGCCAAUGAUCCAAGUUUCCCCAGAUGGAACGCGAGUCGUCGUGGCCAGUGGCAGUCCUGAUCGCCAGCAACUAUCCGUUUGGAAAGUUGGUAAUGAAGACAACGUGCUGUUGGGUCACAUAUUCUCUCCCACCAAUAUCCUUGAUUUUUCCAUGGUAUUAUCUGAAACGGUUGUUGCUAUCAGAGCUGAGAAACAGAACAAACCCCUAUUGGUGUGGAUUGGAGAGUAG